AGCAUCCUUCCAUGCACACUCCAAUGGCGAGCUCCACCUGCUGCCUGGCCAUUUCAGUUUUGCUAGCGUGCUCCUUCCUUCUCCCUCCUACCCAUGCUAGGCUUCUCCUCGCCGACGACACCAGCAACACCGUCAACGACAGCAAAUCCUUUUCCAUCAGAGCCGGCAGCGGGGAGGGUGGCGGCCGCGGUUUCGGCGUGAGCAUCGGCCACGGCGGGCACGACACAUCGAUCGGCAUCGGCGGCGGCUUCGGAGGCGGAGCCGGCACUGCCCGUGGCGGCGGCGCGAGCGUGGGAGGCGGAGCGGGCGCUGGCGUCGGCAUCGACGUAGGACACGGCGGGGUCGAUGUUGGGAUCGGCGGGGGCGGAGGCGGUGCGGUCAGCGCCGGCAGCGUGCAAGGCGGAGGCGGCGGCGGCGGCGGUGUUGGUGUGCACAUAGGCCGUGGUGGAGUGAGUGUUGGCACGGGCGGGGGCGGCGGCGGCGGUGUGGGUGGCGGAAACGAUGGCGGUGGUUCCGGUGGGGGUAGUGGUGUUGGACGUUCCGGCAACGCGGUCGGGAGCGGCGGAGGGUACGGAAACGCGAAUGGUAGUAGCGGGGGUGGAGCUGGCAGUGGAGUUGGGUCAGCCGGCGGAGCUGUUGGCGGCGGCUCUGGAGGUGGCGGUGGCCAAGGUUGAAGAAGUUUCUCUAUCUUAUUAACCCUACAGGUAUAAGUCAUGAGUGCAACUGGUCACUGAUUCUAAUGAACUAGAAUCCCCAAAAGGAUAUAGAUAUACUACAUCUAAAGAUCGACAUGUAUAUUGAGAUAUGAAAGUAAUACUCUGUGUUGGUAAGCUUGGCAUCUUCUGCAAAGUGCUUAGUGACAAUUGUAAUAUAUCUGCACGGUAUAUUGUUGAAUGAAUGAAGUGAAACAUGUACGAUGUA